GGCGGUCCAACGGUCCGAGGGGGCAGAACCCUGGCAGGGCGAGCACCGGGCUCACCCCAGCCCGGCUCGUCUCGGCCCACAGGCAGCGCAGAUCAGCUCCCCGGCUGAUGCCCGAGACUCGGGCGCCUCCAGCACCGCCCCUUCCUCCUUCCGUCCGGUGCGGAGGACGCAGGAGGACGCAGGAAGACGCAGGAAGACGCAGGAAGACGCAACCUCGCCGGAAGCCGCUGUGCGCCAGUGACCCGCCCGCCCGGAGCCCGGCCCGCGGCUCCGCCCCUGUUCGUCUCUAGGCUCGGGUGCCCUCACCAGGACUCCAGUGCCCGCUACCCCGCCUCCAGCUCGGGCAAACCAGCAUUCGGCUGUGGACCAUCCCGAUCCCGCCCCACGCUCUCAGCAGGAGUCUCAGUUGCCCCAUAAGACCACCUGCCGCUAGUUCAGCAUGGGUGGGGGCAUGAUUGAGAGGUACGUGGCAGCCAUGGUGCUGAGCGCGGCUGGAGAUACCUUGGGCUACUUCAACGGGAAGUGGGAGUUCCUUCGGGAUGGGGAGACGAUACACCGGCAGUUGGCCCAGAUGGGUGACUUGGAAGCCAUAGACGUGGCACAGUGGAGAGUCAGCGAUGAUACCAUCAUGCACCUGGCUACAGCGGAAGCCCUCAUGGAAGCCGGCCAAUCCCCGGACUUGCCUAAACUGUAUUCCCUACUAGCUAAACAUUACCGAGACUGCAUGGGAGACAUGGAUGGCCGGGCACCAGGUGGUGCUUGUAUGAAGAAUGCCAUGCAGCUGGAGCCCAACAGGGCUGAUGGCUGGAGGAUUCCCUUCAACAGUCAUGAGGGUGGCUGCGGGGCUGCCAUGCGCGCCAUGUGCAUCGGGCUGAGGUUCCCUCACCCCAGCCAGCUGGAUGUGCUGAUCCAAGUGAGCAUUGAGAGCGGCCGGAUGACCCACCACCACCCCACAGGCUACCUCGGGAGCCUUGCGUCAGCUCUUUUUACAGCAUAUGCCGUGAAUGGCAAAUCACCAUGGCAAUGGGGAAAAGGGCUGAUGGAGGUGCUGCCGAAAGCCAAAAAGUACAUCACCCAGUCAGGCUACUUUGUGAAGGAAAAUCUUCAACACUGGUCCUACUUCGAGCAAGAAUGGGAAAAGUACCUGGAAAUUAGAGGAAUUUUGGACGGCAAUUCAGCUCCCGUCUUCCCGCAGCCGUUUGGUGUGAAGGAAAGGGAUCAGUUCUACAUCGACGUGAGCUACUCUGGCUGGGGUGGCAGCAGCGGACAUGAUGCCCCCAUGAUUGCCUAUGAUGCCCUCCUGGCUGCAGGGGACUCCUGGAAGGAGCUCGCACACAGAGCCUUUUUCCACGGUGGAGACAGUGAUUCCACAGCAGUCAUUGCUGGCUGCUGGUGGGGCGUUAUGCACGGUUUUAAAGGAGUAAAUCCUUCUAACUAUGAGAAGCUCGAAUACCGGAAACGGCUAGAAGAGGCCGGAAGAGCUUUGUAUUCUCUCGGGUCAAAAGAAGACACUAUACUUGAUCCCUAGGGAGAGGGUGGUUUGUUUCUGGCUGUUUCUUUCCCUGUAUCCCUGACGCUCAGUCUCUUCAGCUUUUCCAGAGUCAAGAAUUCUAAUUUUGUGUUUGAAGAGUUCUGAGCUAACACUUCCCUUGGGUGCGUUUAGCCCCACCUUCCCACACUCACUCUCCCUGAGUUCCUCUCUUGUGUGUGAGAAUCUUUUUAUUUCAGUGGAUGGGGUCAGCUUUUCCCAUUCAGAAACCUUAUAACCUUGUAUUCGAAUCUCUGUUUUUAUCAUGGAACUGUUGUAAAUGC